CACUGGCGCAGCCCCCCGCCAUGGACUUUACAGCCAACGAGGAGCUGACCCUCAACGGCAUGUCGUACGAACAGCGGGUCAAGUUCUACGAUUUUCUCAUUGCACAGCAUGUCCACUUUGAAGAGGACCCGGAGACAUCGCUGUACUCGGGCAGGUGGCGGGUGCAGGAGCUCCCCACUCCGGCCCACAUCCGUCAACAGAAUGCCCGCAAGCGGACUGAGGCCGCCCUUGCUCGCCACGGCAUGCGUGGGGAAGGCGGGAGCGAGAGCGGACGCCGCCGCCCGACAGUCCCGUCCCGCGGAUCGGCCGACGUGCCCAACGAUCGGCGGUACAAGCAAACCCGUGACUUUAUCGUCGGGCGGUACGAGGAGUUCUGCAAGCUCGUGGGCGACGUGUCGGAGAUGCGGACCCGGCGGCACGCGGUCCCGUGGCUCCUCACGCAGAUCGAGGAGAUCUACGACGCACGGCACGCGUACGACGAGCACUACGAGACCAAGCGGGCCGAGUUUAUCCACCUUGCCCGCCGGCGCAAGUACCCGCGCGGCGCGCCGCCGGGCGUCGACCUCGCCCUCACCGCCGCCGAGCUCGGCAUGGAGCCGGCGCUGGGCUUCCCUGAGUUUGUGUACAAGUACUUUCAGAACAAGUUUGGCCUUGACGCGCUCGUCAAGCAAAACCUGUGGGACUUUGUGUACAACGUGGAGACCCUCCGCCCGGUCUUCCUCGAGAUCGAGGUCUUUGGCAACUUUCUGGAGAGCUUCUACGACGUGACCGACCUGCAGUUCUUCCUCCACGCCCGCAUUCAGCUCUAUUCGCGCUUCCGCAAGGUCGGCCAGGCGACCGAGGCCACCUCGCUGCAGAUGGUGCCUGUCAAGCGGCUUCCAGCGCUCAUCGAGACCGUCUUUGUCCACAAGCCCAAGCUGAUGUCGGCCUCGUACAUGGUUGUUGUCCGCCACUAUGUCUCCAAGCGCCCGGCAAAGCAGCAAAAGGCGCUCGAGCUUCAGGAAGUCCUCAACCUCGCGCUCAUCCUCUUCCACAAGACCCGGCCCGACGAGGUGACCGGCGAAGUUGACCCGGCAUGGGACCCAGAGCGCGCUGGCUCCGACUUUGGCGACGACGCCUCGUUCACCGACGACGGCACGCUCACCGAUGGCUCUGUCUCCGCCAACGACUCGCAGCUCUCGGUGGCCGAGCGCAACGCCGCCCGUGCCGCCCGCCGCGCCAUGGCCGGCUCCACUCGCGGUGACGACGGCGACCUCCGCGGGCAGGCCGUCUCGCGCCGCUCUUCGGUCUCGUUCACCGAGCGCGUGGCCUCACCGCGCGACGCCCGCCGUGAGCUCGGCAGACCCGCCUCGGUCCUCGAGGCAGCGUCCGACGCCCUCGUCCCCACCACCAUCGCCCUUGCCGACGGCGAGAUCUCCGACCACAUCAUCACCUGCCUCCGCGAGGUCUCGCUCUCCUACCUCGAGGUCAUCCUCCAGGCUGGCUCGCACCUGCCUGCGCCCGAGCUCGAGGAGAUUUCGCGGUUCAUGGAGGACAAGGUCCACGACAAGGUCGCCUCCAUCCUCUCCGACGUCCUCCAGCUCGCCGACGAGCAGGAGCGCAACGAGCUCGACGACGCCAUUGCCUCGCUCACCCACGUCACCGCCAACGACCGCCUCGCAGGCGGCUCGCCAUCCAAAAUCAAGGCCACAUGCCGCCUCCACCGCGCAAAGCUCGCCCGCCAGUACCAGACCCUUCUCGCUACCACUUACGAGUCCGAGAAGGACGCUCUCCGUGCAGAGCUCAAGUUCUGCCAGGGCAUCAUGGCCACCCCUGACCUCCGCCACGACAUCGAGCCCACCGUCGCCUAUCUCAUCACCACCGCCGCCGCAAAGGUCGCUUCCCGCAACUCGGCCUCUCGCUCCUCUGCUGCCGUCGCAGCCUCCACCGCCGACUUUGCCGCCUCGUUUGCCACCCCAACGUCGGCCACCACCGCCGCCGCGCCCGCCACCCCUGCCUCGGCCACCAUCACUGCCAGCUCUGGCCGGCGUUGA